UGUGACACUACAUGGUCUCCGGAAGCGGAUAACCACAGCUUAGCAACAUCACUGAACGAAGUUUUGGGGGAGAAUAAACAGUUCGGUCGUUGGAAUUACAGGCUCCCUCAUUAGUAAGAAACUCAACAGAUCCUGGCUGCAUGUAAAGGGAGAAGAUGGAGGUGCCCUCCUAUCAGUCCAAGCUUUUGUGUGAGCUAAAUGAACAGCGUAAGAGAGACUUCUUCUGUGACUGCAGCGUCAUUGUGGAGGGUCGUGUCUUCAAAGCUCACCGCAACAUACUGUUUGCCAGCAGCGGCUAUUUCCGGGCUCUGCUGGUGCAUUACUUGCAGGACAGUGGUCAUAGGCAAAGCACAGCUUCAUUGGACAUUGUCACGGCAGAGGCGUUCUCUCUUAUUCUGGACUUUCUGUACUCUGGUCGGAUAGAUCUGCGGAGCGAUAAUGUUAUUGAAAUCAUGUCAGCUGCCAGCUACUUGCAAAUGACUGAUGUGGUGAACUUUUGUAAAGGUUACAUCAAAUCAUCACUGGAGAUUUGUAACAGGGAGAAAGAGAGCCAGAGGGAGAGGGGUAGGGAGAGAGAGGGACCGGCUGAUAGUGGCACUCCAGCUUCAGUCUCCAGUGCUAAUGCGGCCUCCACGUCUCAGACAGAUAGAGGAACCCCUCAGGGUAUGGAGACACCCAGCUCAGUGGAGGCUCCUUCAGAUAUUCUUUCCACACCAGCUGCUACCAGCAGCAAAGACUCUGAAAGCGAGAGCUCACAAACAGGAUUCCCCAGCCAGCCCCCCAUAAAUGCCCCUAUUAAGAACUCAGGGCAGGACUUGAUCAAUUCUUCUUCUUCAGGGCUGUUUGUGGGGUUGGUACACCCCAAGAUUAAAUUUGACCCUGAUGAGGAAGGUGAAUGUUCGCUUGAAUCUAAAGAAAUGGCCCUCUAUGUAGACCCCAGUCAUGGUGAGGACAGGACCCUUAGUUCAAGCCCUGCACCCAGCACAGAGCCAACGUCCUUGCCCAACUAUCAGAUGAAGCAGUUUGUAGAUGUAUUGCUUCGUGGAGGACCCAACCCAAACCGUGAGGAGCUUGUGCCUCAUUUUCCCCAUAGUUUGGGGAGCAGUAGUAUGAUGGGCCGUGUGGAAGAGGGUCUUGGGCACGGAGGCCCUUGCAGUAUGGAGCUGCAAAGUGACUGGUAUAUGGAAGAUGCAGGAAGACUACAUAAAUGUCCAUUCUGCCCAUACACCACCAAACAGAAGGGUAUUCUGAAAAGGCACAUCCGCUGCCACACAGGGGAAAGACCUUAUCCAUGUGAGAUCUGUGGAAAACGUUUCACACGACAGGAGCAUCUACGGACACAUGCUGUUACUGUCCAUCGCUCCAGCUGGCCCAUUGUGUGUAAGGGCUGCAGACGUGUCUUCUCCGGGGUCGUUUCACAGGGACUGAAGCGGUUCGGCCUUUGUGAUGGCUGUACUUGUGUCACUACAACUAACGAGGACUCCCCAUCCAUGAACCUCAGCAGCCAAUCAGUGAGUGUGGAGCAGGGCUCAGGAGAUUCUGAUUGGCCGAUCUUCAUGGAAGAUGGAGAUGAGGAGCCCAGUGCUGGCGCUGGUGAGCUGGAUGAUAAGAAGGACAUUCAGAGACAGCUUGCAGAGGGUGGGAGUCUUCUGUAGUCACUUGGUCCUGAUCUCAUUUCAACCUGGCAGUAUCGUUAUAUCACCCUCAGUCACGCUUCAUUAUAAACGUACUUAACACACAACAAUCAAGGCCUGGGAAAAAAAGAUGUUAUGUACCAAAUGUUGGUAAAGUUUUAGAAAAAGAUGGAGAGCAAACCUAUCAGUGAUGCUCAUUGUGGUAAGAAAGGAAGGUGUGUUGUGAGCCUGGGGCUGGGCGAUAAAACGAUAAUGAUAAUUAUCUCGAUAUAACUUUCCUUGAUAGAACAAUAAGAAAUGUUUGAUAAAUUUUCGAUAUAAUACACCAUUCUCACACUUCCACGUUCUAGCGAAAACCCUGGUGGCUAUUUCUACUGCAAGGAAAGCGACACUACUCUGCUGUCGCCAGGAGAGGGUGCACUUCCAAAUUUUUCAACAUGAUUAGAGAGGGAGGGGGCGACGAGUAAAAUGAGUCGCCAGAUAUACUUUAGCAACGCCUGAAACGUGGGGUUAGACAUUCCCUGUUUGAGUGGAGUGAUCGGUGAUCUGUUCUCCUGUGACCGAGUGCGAGUGAUGAGAUAAGUGUCGUAACUGUACUGUCCUACAGUGAACUCCCCUUUCCUAACGUCCUAAUAAGCUUUAGCAGCGUUAAAUCACAACUGCUCCACACAGCUACAGCACUGUUACAGCACUCAAAAGGUCAUAUGAAUAUUAGUGCAUUCCCAGGAGCAAAAAUCAGCCUUCAAACUUGAAAGAAAUAAUGAUUUGACAUUUAUCGUGAUAUGUAUAUCGAAUGAUAUGAAUUUUGUUUAUCGUGAUAACAUUUUUGGCCAUAUCGCCCAGCUCUAUGUGAGCCUUAUGCACAUCACUGAGAGGAACUGCAGUCAGUUUAUAGGGAAUGAGUCCAUAACCUGAUUAACCCGAUUUCCACAGCCUAGGUGGAAUUGACUGGAUGCUUUGUCUUACUUUAAACGUAUAAUGAAAGGUAUUUACAUCUUUGCCUUAAAGGUACAAUACUAAGAAUUUUCCUUGAUUUUUUUUUUUUCUUUAAAACGUUAAUAAUCUUCAUAAAUAUGAUGCAGAUGUUUAAUCAUGGUCAAGUUGGUAAGAAUCACUGAGACAUAUCAAAUGUGAAACUUUUACCUUGGAUUAUUCACAAUAGCAGUAAUGGCACAAAGUAUUACAGUGGUAUGACUAUUUAUUUUUACUUUCUGUGUGUGGGUGCAUCAAGAACACUAGUUAUUUAUCCUCUGGCCAGCGACGACCAUCCAGUCUAGACAAAUACUGCAUUAUGCAUAUAACUGUCCACGUUCGAGAGAUGAAAAAAAUGAGAAGGCAAUCAUAUUCUUAGGUUUUUACUUGAGAAAAGUAAUUGUAUAUUGAGAAUGUUAAUUUCUAUUAUGAUUCUACAGUGUGUAACGGGAUACUUUCAUAUCUGAGUUUUGGUAUUUUAAAAUGUGAGUAUUUACAGCAACAUGACUUGAGCCCACAAUGUUAAUCAUGGAUUAGUACAGUUACUGUGUGCAAUUGAAGUAUGACCAAAGUGCAACUUUUAUAGCUUUAGUUUUAUUUACUUUUACUAUGUAUGAAAGUUCAUAUGUAACGAUAAUUUACAGUAUGCUUACCCUAAAAGUGGCUGUGUGGGACUGACCAUGAAGUUCUGAUAUUAUGAAAUAACAUGCAGAAAUAAAUGGUGAUCUGUAUUUUUGUGUCUUGCUGAUCUUCAGUCCAAACUGCUGAGUAAUCAGGUCACAAGAUCACCAAAGGCUCCACACUUGCUUGCAUUUCAAUUGUUAGAACUGUGGCAUCUGUUUUCCACCAGGAAGUCACAGCAAUCCUUAACUCAGGCCAUACUUACUGAACCGGGGUCACCUUUGUGUCCCCCAGGAACGUUACAUGGCUAGGAAAUAUGUUUCCAGGGCUCUGUGUUCCCAUGACCCUGUGUUUCAGCCCCGUGAUGCCCCAGUCCUGUUUCCUCAACAUGAAAAUAAGAGUAAUGUUCAUGGUUCUGGUAUAUUUACAAACGUACAUAUUCUGAUGUUAUGUGU